UUUUCGCUCCUCCGUCUGUCCGGCGGUCACCAGGCUGUAUUUCAUGAACGAUGAUAGUUAGAGAGUUGAAAUUUUCACAGAUGAUGUAUUUCUAUUGAUGCUAUAACAACAAAUAAAUACUGAAAACCAGAAUAAAAUAAAUAUUUGGUCGAUUAGAUAACGGCAACAGGUAAGUAGAUGGUUGAAAUAUUCACAGAAUAUGGAAUGUAUUAUAAAUACAUUGUAAUUAUGGAACGUUUUAUAAAUAUUAGUACGGAACCCUUCGUGCGCGAGUCCGACUCGCACUUGGCCGGUUUGUUUAUAUUUUUCUUAAAAAUUAUAAAAUAUUGCCCAGACAAGCUAAGCUCGAUCACGUGACUUGUGACGUCAGCAUACCUACAUUGUUUUCCUUUUCAUUUUAUUGCACAUCGAACGAGAAAAAACUUAAGAUACCUACUAAUUGAUUUUUAUAAUUUACCUAGAUACGAAAAACUAAAAUAUUAGAAAAAUAUAUUUUGUUAAACGGCAUAAAAAAGAUACCUCAAAUGUUUGGAGUUGUGUAAGCGGUAAAAUAAAACGGUGCAAAGAAACGUCAAGUUUGUGUGUAUAUUUUGAGGAUCGUGGGUGAUUCGAAAUUAAUUAAACUGUCAAACGGUUUUAGUAUAGUGCUUUUUUCUGAUUCUGCACGUGUUUUGUCUAAAAUCGAAUAUAAAACAUUUGUUCACUUUGAAGUGAAUUCUACGUACCUAAUUGAGUUAGUAGGUAGUGUGAUUAAAGUUUACUUAUCACAGUUUAGUAAAAACACAAUGUCUCAACAGCAAACCAAAACUCGUAUCACACUCGGGUCUGCACAAAUAAUUUGCGAAUAUCUGAAAUUCGCCAUAAAUUCAGUUUUAUUCCAAAGAAGUUUAUGUCCUCCAGAGACGUACAAAACCGAACAACAAUAUGGAAUUACACUUUUACUAUCGGAAGACGCUGAAAUUAAGAGCUUUUUAACCAAAGUCUUGACUCAAACUGAAGAAUGGAUACUCAACAAGAAAAUAAGCAAGCUCUCCCUCGUAAUUUUCAAUGUAGCAAACAAGGAAAUCUAAGAAUGCUGGGAAUUCAACGUGCAGUAUGAAGAUGGUGACGCAGCAUUAUCAAAAGAAAAUAAUGAAACCGUAGGUAGUAUAGACUUGAAACAAAUUCAACGGAAAAUUAGACAGGUCAUGUUGCAAGUAGCUGCAACAAUAUCAUACUUACCGCCCCUUGAUUGUCAGUGUUCAUUUGAGUUUUUAGCAAAUAUUAAAGAUGAUUGUGACGUGCCUGAAAACUGGACUGUAUCAGAGCCCGUAUUUAUAGCCAACUCACAAAACUUUCCAUUCAAAAUAUUCUCCACUAGCCUUCACAAAAUGGCAACUGUAGUUAGUUAUAAGUUUGUAGAUUAGUGUAAUGUAGGUAAGUUUACUUUCAGCAUUUUGUGUAUAAGGGUGCUUACAUAAAGAAACAGGUUGCCGGUACAGACAAACCUGUACGGGUAGGUACCGAUCAGUGCAGGUAUAAUAUUCUAUUGACUCACUUAUAAAGAAACAGGUAAGUUACAACCUGUUUCUUUAUAAGUUGUCUGUUGUUGUAAG